AUGCGGAUUCAACAUAUAUUGGAAUCACAAGGCAUCAAAGGCCCUCCUCGUAGUAUCCUUCAUGGCAGCCCCAGAGAAUUGCCAAAGAAGAAAGAGAACACCGCCAACUUAUCACAUGACAUAUUUCCAGUAAUUCAGCCUCACAUAUACUCUUGGAUGAACAUUUAUGGGAAGAUUUUUCUCCGGUGGAGGCGUGGUGCUGGAGCAGAAUUGGUUAUCACAGAUCUGGAUCUCAUAAAAGAAAUACUGAAUGAUAAGGAACAAUUUUUUACCAUAGCAAAAUUGAGUAAAUAUUUGAAGAAGAUUGUAGGAGGUGGUCUUGGGCAAUCAGAAGGAGAAAAAUGGGUCAAAUUGCGAAAACUGGCCAACCAAGCCUUUCAUGGUGAGAGUUUAAGGGAUAUGACUCCAGCAAUGGUUGAAAGUGUUGAGAUGAUGCUGAGAAGGUGGAGAGAUUAUGAUGGCAAGGAAAUUGAUGUCAGUGAAGAGUUCAUGUUGUUAACUGCAGAGGUCAUCUCUAGGACUGCAUUUGGAAGUAGUUAUGUGGAGGGUGAACAAAUAUUUAACAUGAUGAAAAGGCUGGGGAUUUUAACUGGCAAGAUUGCAUACAAACUUAAGCCUCCAUUCAUCAGGAAGUUUUUCAAAGACGGAGAUGAUAUAGAAUCGGAUAAACUUGAGAAAGGAAUUCAAGAUUCCAUUGUAGAAAUUGUGAAGAAAAGGGAGAAAGGGAAAAAGGGGGAUGAUAAGCAAAGCUUUGGAGAAGAUUUUCUUGGAUUACUUCUAAAAGCUCAUUAUGAUUGUAGUAGUGAAAAUGAUAACAUAUCUAUUGAAGAAAUAAUCGAUGAGUGCAAGACAUUUUAUGGUGCUGGACAUGGAACAACAUCAAUUUUGCUCUCAUGGACAAUUCUGCUCCUAGCAAUCAACACUGAUUGGCAAGAGAAAGCCAGGGAAGAGGUGACCAAAUUAUUUGGACAAGACCCCCCAAAUUCAGAAGGGAUUUCAAGACUGAAAACGAUUAGCAUGAUCAUUAAUGAGACUCUAAGACUCUAUCCCCCAGCAAUCUACGCAAGAAGAACAACAAAGGAAGGAGCAAAAUUAGGGAACUACAAGCUUCCUGCUGAUCUAAACAUAUCUAUUGCAAUCUUAGCAGUUCACCAUGACCCUCAGAUAUGGGGAGAUGAUGCCCAUCUUUUUAAUCCAGAAAGAUUUUCACAAGGGGUUUCUGGAGCAACCAAGAUCAACAAUCCAGCAGCAUUUUUGCCUUUCAGCCUUGGACCUAGAACAUGUGUUGGCUCGAAUUUUGCAAUCACUGAAGUAAAGAUCACACUCUUAAUGAUUUUGCAGAGAUAUGCUUUCACACUCUCCCCCAGUUAUGUACACUCUCCUGUACAGAUGUUUGCCCUUAUGCCUCAACAUGGGGUACAAGUGGUACUCCAUGCUCUCUAA